AUGACAACUGCCAUGGAUAUGGUUAAUAAGAUUAAUCCUGAGAAGGAAGCAUGGAACCUCAAAGUUAGGGUGAUUAGGCUUUGGACUGUUCCGACUUUCACUGGUCAGCUUCUCCCAAAUUCCAUGGAGAUGAUUUUGGUUGAUGAAUCUGGGUGCAAGAUACAAGCUACUGUUCGGAAGACUAUGAUUUACAGGUUCAAACAACUUCUCUCCGAGAUGGUCGAGACCACUGUCAGGGAUGUUAUCUGUGAUUUUAUUCCAAAAUCUGCUCUUACAAUCUCUCCAUUCACUGAACUUUUGAAAACCAAAGAGGAUUCUGAUUUCUUAGUUGAUGUUGUGGGUCUGUUGGUCUCUGUGUCAGAAGAGAAAGAAUAUGAUAAAGAUGGAAAGAAGAUGAAGAUGGCUAUGAUGGAACUUGCUGAAAAUGAGUUAGCGUUCUUUAAUUUCUACAUCUUCCUCUUAUUGGGAUUCUUUUUUGUUUUCGGUGUGUUUGUAUAG